UACUCUGAACCCGAAUCCCCGAGUGAAAGCCGGGUCGCCCCGCCCCCGCAGGAAGCCCCACCCACAAGCGCCGGGGCGGGUUCAGAUGAGAGCUGAGCCGGAGCCUGGGUUCCUCCCAGCCCCGCCCAGUAGAAGUCUGAUGCCAAGCUCCGCCUAACAUUCCUAUUUCCGCCCUCCUCGGCCUCAGCCCCUCUGGACUACAGCCCCCAGAAGGCCUCGGGGCUCUGCCCUCGGACUUGCGCAGUAGCGUUCGUUGUAAAGCGCUAUGACAACUGGUCGAAGAUGGUUUGGAGUUAGGCACCGGUGGGGAGGUGUCCCUUCCGCUGCUGCUGUCCUUUUUCUGCUACAUCUCGCUCACUGCCUUCAUCAUUUCCUCCUCUUUGCGAUCAGCAGGACGUGCCGUUCUUGCCUGCCUGAUCUCUCCCAAGGGACUGAUGCCGUUUCCCCUGCUCGUGUCCGGGGGUGACAGAGAAGGGAUGCAGAGGGGCUCCUUGGGGUGAUUCCUCCAACUCUGUGGAACUGGUGGUGCUACCUGGCGAGGCUGUCCCCUUGCCCGGGACGUGGGACAAGUUGGAGCAGGAGAACGAGAGGGAGUAGUGAAGUCAGGGUUGCUCUUCUCUGCACCCCCAGCUCUUGCUCUCUCGUUCCAGCCCUGGGACCCUGGCAGGCGUUCUGAAAGGGAAAUCUGCGGAGAGAGAGUUCCAGGCAAGGUGGGGCAGGACCCACCUGAUCGGCGUCAGAGUGAACGAAAAUGUCUUUAUUUAAAGCCCGUGAUUGGUGGUCUACUGUUCUGGGGAAAAAAGAAGAAUUUGAUCAAGGCUGUUUGUGUUUGGCUGAUGUUGAUAAUAGUGGAAAUGGACAAGAUAAAAUAAUUGUGGGUAGCUUUAUGGGAUACCUACGAAUCUUUAACCCCCAUCCUGUAAAAACAGGAGAUGGGGCUCAAGCUGAAGAUUUGCUUCUAGAAGUUCAGCUACGAGAUCCAAUACUACAAGUGGAAGUAGGAAAGUUUGUUUCAGGCACUGAAAUGCUUCAUUUGGCUGUGUUGCAUUCUAGAAAACUUUGCGUCUACUCUGUCUCAGGAACCUUGGGUAAUGUGGAACAUGGGAACCAGUAUCAGAUCAAACUGAUGUAUGAACAUAAUCUUCAGAGAACAGCCUGCAAUAUGACUUACGGAUCAUUCGGUGGUGUAAGAGGUCGAGAUUUAAUUUGUAUCCAGUCAAUGGAUGGGAUGCUGAUGGUGUUUGAGCAGGAAAGCUAUGCCUUUGGGAGGUUUCUCCCUGGUUCUCUCUUGCCUGGCCCCCUUGCCUACAGUUCCCGGACAGACUCCUUCAUCACUGUCUCUUCCUGCCGACAAGUGGAAAGUUACAAGUACCAAGUACUCGCUUUUGCAACAGAUGCCGAUAAAAGACAGGAGACUGAACAGCAAAAACUUGGUUCUGGAAAAAGACUUGUUGUAGAUUGGACUCUAAAUAUUGGAGAGCAAGCCCUUGAUAUAUGUAUUAUGUCUUUCAAUCAGUCAGCAUCUUCUGUUUUUGUUCUUGGUGAAAGAAACUUUUUUUGCCUUAAGGAUAAUGGUCAGAUUCAAUUCAUGAAGAAACUUGAUUGUAGCCCAAGUUGUUUUCUCCCGUACUGCUCAGUUUCUGAAGGAACAAUAAAUACUUUGAUUGGAAACCACAGUAGCCUGUUGCAUAUUUAUCAGGACGUGACACUGAAGUGGGCCUCUCAGCUUCCCCACGUGCCUGUCGCAGUGAGAGUGGGCUCUUUACGUGAUUUAAAGGGUGUGAUAGUUACCCUGAGUGAGGAUGGUCACCUGCAGUGUUCAUAUCUGGGGACAGACCCGUCUUUGUUCCAAGCCCCCAAAGUUGAGUCCAGAGAACUGAAUUAUGACGCACUUGAUGCAGAGCUGAAAGAACUUCAGAGAAUCAUUAAAGAUGUUAACAAAUCACAAGGUGUUUGGCCCAUGACUGAGAGAGAAGAUGACUUGAAAAUUUCUGCCGUGGUUUCUCCUGACUUCGACUCCGUGUCUCAAGCUCCUGAUGUUGAAGUGGGAACUGACCUUGUCCCUUCAGUCACAGUGAAGGUCACGCUGCAGAAUCGAGUGGCAUUGCAAAAAGCCAAGUUAUCAGUCUACGUGCAGCCACCUUUGGUAUUGUCACGUGACCAAUUCACUUUUGAAUUGACUGGAAGUUAUGCACCACCUGAAUUGGAAGGAAAUGCUGUUGUUUCUUAUGCCAGACCAACAGAUCGAAGUCCUGAAGGCAUUCCUCGGGUUACCCAAUGUAAAUUCAGACUUCCGCUGAAAUUAAUCUGUCUACCAGGCCAACCUUCAAAAAUUGCAACCCACAAACUAACGAUUGAUACCAACAAACCUCCAGUCAGCCUUCUCAGUCUCUUUCCAGGCUUUGCCAAUCAGUCCGAAGAUGAACAGGUGAAUGUAAUGGGUUUUCGAUUCUUAGGUGGUUCCCAAGUUACUCUUCUUGCUUCCAAAACCUCUCAACGAUAUCGCAUUCAGAGUGAACAAUUUGAAGAUCUUUGGCUCAUAACAAAUGAGCUUAUUAUCCGCCUCCAAGAAUACUUUGAAAAGCAGGGAAGCAAAGAUUUCGCAUGUUCUUUUUCUGGAUCCAUGCCCCUUCAAGAAUAUUUUGCAUUAAUUGAUCAUCAUUUUGAGCUGCGGAUAAAUGGUGAAAAGUUGGAAGAACUCCUAUCUGAAAGAGCUGUGCAAUUUCGGGCCAUCCAGCGCCGGCUGUUAACAAGGUUCAAAGACAAAACUCCUGCCCCCCUCCAACACCUGGACACGCUGCUGGACGGCACCUACAAACAGGCAAAAUUUAUCGAACAAGAGGCCCUGUAUUUCCGUGUUGCUCUGGACACUACAGCAAUGGAGGCCCUGGCUGUCAGGAUACUCAUUUGUGAUGAAUAG